AUGUCUGGCAAUAAUAUAAGUGAUCUUUGCAUGGAACUUAUUUCAAAACCACUCUUUGUGUUAACUAGUGCAUUGGGGACGCUAAACACGAAAGGAAAUAUCAUAUACUAAUGCAGUCAAGUUAACAAUUCUUUAGGAAUUUUUUUGGUAACAAUAUCCGUACAGACUUCUACUGCAAUAUGUGUAGACAGGCUUCUCGCCUUGCCUCUGGGGCUGAUACCGAUAUGUUGUCACAUUCAGGCGCGCAGGGGCUGCUAAAUUGUUUUUGGUUUCUGGGCUGUGCUUUAAUUGGUUUAAGAUACGGCAGUCUCAAUCAAUCUCAGUAUUUUCUUAUGUAAAGAUAAACCUCGGUCUCCGUCAUCAGCAACUGCAAUUACGCCGCCAUGCCCGACAAGCGCAAGCACCACAUGAAUUGAUGCCUCUGAAUAUAGCACGAUACAAGAGAACACGA